CAUCGCCACCAAAUGGAACAGACUCAUGGGUACAGGAAGUCCAAAAUGGCGAUGGACGGAAUGAUGUCCACGUCUUCGGGUCUGUCAUACCACAAUGCCGGGGACUUUUACCCCAGAAAGUUCGGCCCUAAGCCCGACGUGGUGCCGUCCGGGGUGACCGAGAGGAAAGUGGGUCCGCUGGAUAAACCGGACAUGGUGUCGGUGGACGUUAUUAACGUCAACGAUUCAGACGUCCACAUGCACAGGAAGAAGCAUGAGCACGACACUUAUGUCUUGGGCACCAUUCAUCCAUUCAGGAAGACGCACAGGUCCGUGUUUGGAAAAUUUGUGCAAGAGCUCAGGCUGGUCUCCUCAGAUAGACGGUCGUGGAGGAUCCUGCUGUUCGGGGCUCUCAACCUGCUGUGUACCGGCUGUCUGCUGAUGUGGUGCAGCUCCACCAACAGCAUGGCCUUAACUGCCUACACCUACCUUACCAUCUUCGACCUCUUUAGUUUGAUCACCUGUCUCAUCAGUUCCUGGGUGACCAUGAAGAAACCCAGUCAGGUCUACUCAUUUGGGUUUGAGAGACUGGAGGUUCUGGCAGUCUUUGCCUCCACUGUUCUUAUCCAGCUGGGAGCCCUGUUCAUCCUGAAGGAGAGUGUGGAGCGCUUCAUGGAGCAGCCUGAGGUCCAUACUGGUCGUCUGUUGGUCGGGACGUUCGUCGCUCUGUUCUUCAACCUGUUGACUCUGCUGUCUGUGAGGAACAAACCCUUCGCCUACGUCUCAGAAGGUACGCUCAACCCCUCCCAGUUGAACCACUUCAUCCCACUGUGUUACACGCAGCUUCGCUUCAGACCGAACACCAUCGCACCUGAUUUUUCAGCUGUGUUUUUUCUGCUGGAGAACCUGGUGGAACUCUGGUGCGGACCAGACAAAUGCUCUGUGGUCCGCCUCGCAGCGGUGGUCUCGGACCGCUCUCAAGUCAACUCUGGAUCGGUUCAUUUCUGGUGUGAACACCAUUUGAACUAA